AUGCCGUCGCUGCAUCACAAAUCCUCGGACGUGUCGCUGGUCGACCAGCACGAUAGCAAAAGCCAACACCUCCAGGGCGCGGACCUGCCGCACGAAGUGGUAGGUCCCACGGUGGGCGCAGGCCAUGUCCUCGACAGCGACUUGGACCAACCGGUGGUGAAGCGCGUCUUCUCGCUGGGCGGCAUCGUGGAGCCCCAUCAGGUGGUGCACGAGUUGCGGGACGCCUACUGCCAGAUCCAGCACCAGGAGCAGCACCUGAAGGAACAGGACCAGCACAUCCACAGCCUGGAAAAGGAAGUCGCGUUUCUCAUGGAGCGCGUGACGCAACUGGACCACGAAAUGCAUUUGGAGCAGCACACGAGCGGACCAACGACAUCCUCGGAGCUCCAGAAACAGCAUGAAAAUGCCGCGGAAACGUCUUCAUCCUCGGGAACAAACUCCUAUGCGGCGCAGGACGAAAAGAACAUGAAUAACACUAAGAGCCGCGGCACAGGAGCUCCGGCGCCCAGCCCGGUCUCGCAGCAAAGCGGUGCGGUUGCAGCACCCUCCACUAGUACGGCGCAGGCAGCCAAGCAGGUCCUGCAGAACUACCUGCAGCCCGCGGCCGGGAGCGUGGCGAGUUUUUUCCAGAACUUCGUCACCUUUCCCGUUGCAUCAGCCGACAUUGAGGAACGGACGGAGCAGGGUGCGAGUAAUGCUACUUGUACAGCCACCAGCUGUACGAGCGAGAACAUGAAAUUGAAAAGCUACAGUAAUUCGCCCCUGUCGAAAGACUCGAGAAAAGCAUCGAACGCUUCGCGAACGCCGCAGGAGGAGCACAAGCUGGCGCUGUUGCAGGAGAUGAUCGAGGUGGAGCAGCACCAUGCGGGGAUGGACUUUCAAUCAAUUCUCGCCGAGGAACUAGAAAACAACAAGUUCGUGCACAUUGGCACACCGGCGGAAGCUUCCGGUAAUAUUGGUUCUUCUCCCAACAGCACUCCUGCAACUUCUGAUGUUACGGUGACAACCUCCGACGUCCUGUCCUCGUCGGCAAACGACGCGAUACGGCUACUGCACCCGAACGAGGAGAGCGUGCAUGAUCCGGCCGCAAUCAGCACAACAGCAGCGAGUGGUAAUGAUUUCACGUCGACUAGCACCGGCUUCCCGACACCGUCGGUCUUGCUGGGGCUGAAUAGUAACACCAGCGCGAAGACCGUCGCACCGCCCGCCUCCAUCCUCUCGCCGUGCAGCAAGGUCGGGUCCGCGUCUCACCUCGUCCCGGCCUUUCCGCCGGUUCUGCGGCCGGUGUCGCCGGUGUCUACUUCGGGACGAGACGUGGCGACGCAAAAUCGCGAUCAGGUCGUGGGUAGCAGUAGUGGUCCGACGCAGAUCACGACCCACGCCGCAGUGGCGGCCUGCCCGACCAGCCCCGUGGCUGCGACGGCGGUCGUCCCAACUGCGCUUUCGGCCGCGGCGACGCCGGUGAAACAGAUGCUGUGCAAGAAAGUUUCCAACGCCUGGGGCUUCUUGGUCAAACUCGACGUCGAUCCGCGAUUCUUAUGA